GUGAGUCCGGAGGUCCCAACUUCUCCGCUAGCCGUCUGCCCGGUACCUCCGGUUGCUCGGAUCCCGAGGCCUACGGCGUCACAGGCUCUGCGACAUGUCGAUGCUGGCUGAGCGUCGGCGGAAGCAGAAGUGGGCUGUGGAUCCACGAAACACUGCGUGGAGUAAUGAUGAUUCGAAGUUUGGCCAGAGGAUGCUGGAGAAGAUGGGGUGGUCUAAAGGAAAGGGUUUAGGGGCUCAAGAGCAAGGAGCCACAGAUCAUAUUAAGGUUCAAGUUAAAAACAACCACCUGGGACUUGGAGCUACAAUCAAUAAUGAAGACAACUGGAUUGCUCAUCAGGAUGACUUUAACCAGCUUCUGGCUGAACUGAACAAUUGCCAUGGUCCAGAAACAGCAGACUCCUCCUCGGACAACAAGGAAAAGAAAUCUUUCAGCCUUGAAGAAAAGUCCAAAGUCUCCAAAAACCGUGUUCAUUAUAAGAAAUUCAUGAAAGGGAAGGAUCUAUCAUCUCGGAGCAGAACAGAUCUUGACUGCGUUUUUGGGAAAAGACAGAGUAAGAAGACUCUUGAGGGUGAUUCCGGCUCUACCACUCCAGAUGGGAAUGAAACCUCCACUACGACAACCAGUGCCUUCACCAUCCAGGAGUACUUUGCCAAACGGAUGUUAGAGCUAAGGAACAAGCCGCAGGUCAUGGCUGCAGGGCCUGACCUUCCAGAGACCCAAAUGGAAAGAAAAGGGGGAAAGAAAAGGAAGAGAGAGGCAAAAGAUAAAAAUAUGGGGGAUUAUACCCAACCCGAGACCAAGAAAAAGAGAGACCAAGCUGAGCAGCAGCUCAGAGAUCUUCAUGGGGACAAGAAUGUGGACGCUUCCGCUGAGGAUGGAGAGAACUGUGUGUGGCCACUUGGUGACCAGGACUUACCACCAAAGCCCAAGAAAAAGAGAGAAAAGAAAAAGCUACAAAAGCAUGUUGAGGUAGCAGUGGAUGAGGUAGCAGCUACACUAGAUGAAACACCAAAGAAAAAGAAGAAGAAAAAGAAGAAAGAUUCCAAAUAAAUUCUCUCGAGCCAGAGCUUGCCAACCACUCAGGAGUUAGGGCGCUGCCAGGCAAACACCUUGGCGUGGAGUCAGAGCAGAGUUCACCCAAGAGAGUGUGUUCACAUCUUUAAACAUGCCCGCAGAUUGCUGGGUCUCGCCCUCUCACCACAUUUUCCUCCAUCAUAUUCCCAGAAGGACUUUUUAAUGUUCCAAAUCAUGGCUCUCAUAAACAAAUAAAUUUCUCUGUAGCCUCCGA